GUUUAACUUGCUUCCUUUCCAAAAGUACCCCAUCCUGCCGCUCCACCACCAUCACUACCACCCCUCCCCUGUGGUGCUCUCUCUAAACUCUUUAUCACCCACCGCUACCAACACCAAUCCUGCAAUGGCGGCGGCCGAAGCAGCAACUAUUUCCUCCGACUCUCUAGCCACAGUUUCGAACGGCCCCGUCCUUAGCUUCAUCAACAAACGCCUCCGUGCCCUACGCAAGAAAUACAACCGCAUUCUCCAAAUGGAAGAAUCCGUCUCCCAAGGAAAAACUUUGAACAAAGAACAAGACGAUGUCCUCCGUUCCAAACCCACCGUCUCUGCCCUUAUCGAUGAACUCGAGAAGCUUCGCCAGCCUCUUUCUUCCGCUGUCUCCGAAGAAAUCUCACUCGCCUUACAGCGUCAAACCGUUUCAUCAUCAGAAACAACCUCUCAAGCCCAACCUGACAAGACUGAACCCCAAGAACAACUACCCAAUGUCCCCGAUCAUGCCAUUGAGGAUCUCCUCAAUCUUCUCUAUUUCGGGUCGUUGUUCGAUGUCAAGUCUCAGAGUGAUUUUACCUCCACCAUGUUGACGAGGACCCACGAGAGAGGCUGCUGCUUGACUUACGAUUACGUUACCGACGACGCUACCGAUCUGCUUAACGAGAAAGAUUUGGAUUUGAUUUCGACGCUGAGUGGACUAUUGACUUCGCGGCCUGCUGAUUCCAGUUUGUCUCAUAAGAACGCUUUGCACCGUUGUAUCCAGCAUGCUAUGCUUUGGCUUUCUAACUCUGACCAGCCGGUUGACCCCAAUGCCGACGUUUCAUAUGCUGGGUUGAGAGAGAGGCUUAACAAGAUUAUGGCUUUGGAUUAUUUUACAACCACACCGGAGAUAAAGGAUCCUGCUGAAGUGGCUGCUGCUGCUGGGACUUAUACUUCUUUCCAGGUUCCGGUGCACGCUGUGCCCAUUUCCGUGCCUGUUCAGGUGGAAGAUUCGGUUGGGCAGUACCAGCAGAAGGCAGAAGACGCAUCAAAUUAUCAAGAAACUGAAACUGGUGACAAUCAAUUUAGUACUACGGAGGAACUCCAGAAGGAUCCUGCUCUCCAGGAUAAUUUGGAGAAAGAAAAUCAGGCAGAGGAUAUUACAGUUCAAGAAGAAGAACAUGGCAAGCUACAGGUUGAUAAUGGAGAAUCCAAGGAACAACAGUAUGUGCCUCGAAGACCAUAUCAGAACCAAAGAGGUGGCCGUAGGGGUUAUUUUGUUGGUCGUGGAGGUCGAAGCAGUGGAAGGGGAGGUGUAUCCUACCAGAAUGGGCACAACCAAUAUUAUGAUCAGCCUGCCAAUCAUUAUUCUAGUAACCAUUAUAACAAUAGAGGCAGAGGUGGCAGAGGAGGUGGUGGCCAUGCUUACAACAAUCAUGGCGGGAACCCCUCUGCUGAUGUUGGUGUGGCCUCAUGACCGUAUUACACCAUGUCCUCCAGGUCCAUUUUUCCAGAUCGGUGAUAGAAAUGUACUUUUUUUGUUCUUUUUGCAUGAAACAUAGUCUGAAUGUGGGUUGAUGUUGAUAUCUAAUUAUCCGAAACACCCCAUAUAACUUUUUUGUAGUUCAGUUCAAUAAUAUUUUGUGAAGAGUCUCCAGAGAGAUGAUGAAA